CGGGCGGGAGCCGUCCGUCACUACUCCCUCAGACCAAGACUGUGUUGUUCGUGGCAGAACUGACAGCUGUGCGGUUGCAGCCUCAGGUUGCGGAAGAUAUUAGAGCUCGGAUUCUUCUGCUCUCCAAGCCACUGUGGGUCACCAUAAUCUCUCUCUUGCGCUCACAACAUGCCCCUGAAAAGUACUGGAUUCCUCUUGCUCCUUUUUGGUUGUCUGAGAGCUGCUAUAAUGGAAGAAGUACAUGGUAUGGUAGGCGGCAAUGUUGACUUAAGCUGCAUUAGUCCUGAAAGAAAACAUUUUGAUUUAAAUAAAACACUCGUUUAUUGGCAAACAAAAAACAACGUACUUCUAAAUUCAUAUAUUCCUGGAGAAGAUACUUCCAAAUAUAUUCACUUAAAGUAUCAGAACAGGACAUCACUGACACUUGAAAAAAUGGAAAAAGGCGAUUUUUCUCUGCAUUUGUCUAACAUCACCAUAGAAGAUGAGCUGGAGUUUGCAUGCAUUGUUGUGAACAAAUCUAAUACUGAGUUUUUUUUCACAUCUAUAGUAAAUCUCCGUGUGGCAGCAAACUAUAGUGUUCCAAUAGUAGAUGAUAAGACCAACAAUACAGAAGUCAUUUUCACCUGCACUUCCCACAAUGGUUUUCCAAAGCCAAAGGUUUACUGGGUAAACAAAACAGAUAAUAGUUUGCUUAAUCAAAGCCUACAAAAUGAUACCUUCACCACCAAUGAGAAAGGCUUAUUCAGCGUCUCCAGUGUGCUGAAGAUUACAUGGACUCCUAAUAUCAGUAUUGAAUGCUGUAUAGAAAACGUGAACCUACAGCAAAACCUAACAGUUCAGUCAAGCUUUCUCCUUUCUCCAGGCGGAAACUUCAUUCGUCAAACAAUCACUACUCCCCCAAAUCAGCUUAAACCACCUGAGAAAACAACAAAUACUGUCUUCUUUACUAUCUUUGGAAUUUUACUUGUGAUUCUUCUGAUUGUUGGGAUUGGUAGUAGAAAGCUGUGUAAAAAGAAACAUCGCUACGGAGAUUACACAGGUCCCCAGGGAAACAGACAGAUGGCAGAAACUACCGAGUAUAUUUGAAAGGGAAGCCAUCUGCAUAGAAAACAAGACACCUGACUGUAAACUACCAUAUGACAAAGGCAAUUUUGAUUUGGCAAUGCUUGACCAAAACUCCUCCUGCUACAGAGGGUGAAAUGACUGACUGUCUUUCAAAUGGAAAGAAGGGGAAGUGAUUGCCUUCUACCUUUCUACUCACCUCUCAAAGAAGAUUAAGAAUAGCCAUCUGAAGCUCGAAACACUGGGAUGGUACCUUUGAGGAACUGGAGUACUAUUAUACUACUGGAAUGUCAUGGUGGUCACUUUUGAAAAGUACUGACUGCACUGAUCCCAGCUAGAAGGAGAAUGCAGCUAAUUCAAGAUUAUUUUUUGGAGGGUCAACAGCAUUCUGCAGUAGAAGAAUCCAAGAAGGCUCUUCCUCUUUCUAACCAUUAACUAUUGACCAUGAUCGAAAAGGGAGGCAGUUCUGACUGAAGAGCAAAAGCUAGUCUUCAGGUUGUUUUUUUUUUAAUUCUUUCCUUUCAUCCCUCCAUUCUAUAAGUACCUAUCUUCCCACUGGGAGCCCAGGCUGCAUCUGCUUCAGCUCCAAGAAUAACCAAACUAUGCAAAACUUGGAAUUAAGGCAUUUGGGUAUGGAGUUUCUGAAACGGGAAAAAGGUGACAUACAUGGCAAGGAUGUGUAGUUUUAAAAGAAUGUGAUUGCACUGUACACUUUUGAGGACUGUGUAAGAGGAGAUAUACUGUGUGGCCUUGGGAGACAGCUACCCUACUAUGGAAGUGAUUUCUUAUCUUCUAUUCCCUUAGCAAUACUCACGCUCUAUGCCCCAGUCUUUGAAGAUGCAAUAAUGUGUAAAAUAUGGUGAAUGCCUCUAAUCCCUGCUGCCAGAAAGGCUGAGGCUAGUGGAGCCAUCUCUUUUAUUGGGAGUUCUGAGCUAUAGUUAGCUAAGUCAGUUGGGGUCUACACAAGUCUGCCAGCAAUAUGGUGAGCCUCCAAGAGCAAGGGGCCACCAGGCUACCUAACAAGGGGAGAAUAGGUUCAGGAUGGAAAUGGAGCACAUCUAAGCUGGCUCAGUAGGGCUGAACAAUAGUGUAAUUGAGUCUGUGAAUAGCCCCUGUACUUCUAGUACUCUUCCCCCAAAAUGGGACAAAAAGGAACGUAGGAGGGUUUUUUCGUUUUGUUUUCAUUCUCCAACAGCCAAGUUCAAUUAAGUCAUUAGGCACUAUAGUCCUAAAGGACUCAGAUUCCUGAGGAAAAGAGAAAACAGACAAACAAGACAGAAAAAAGAGGGCCAUCCAUGGGAAGUUGGUUUUGUUUUAUGAUUAAAAGGUAGAAGUUCAUUUUCUUCCUUCUUUUAAGAGAGAUUGGAAAGCUCAUCUUUUCCAUGACUGUGAGUAUUUUUUUAAGAAGGCAUCCAAAAUUUGUUAGUAAAAUAUGGACAAAAAUUUUGGCACUGAGAAGGAGUUUCUCAGUCUUGGAAAAAUUACAAAGAGGACCAAGUUUCUUUCAUAUUUACCUAUGUCCCUCUGUCUAUCUCCCUCCUCCCACCUGCCCCAUGUCCAAUGUAACUUUAAGCAAUAUGAAAUGUCCCAGUGAGCAUCCCACCCAGGUGUAACUGUAAUGAGCCAUAUUCCAGAAUUAUCUAUUCUCUAAUCUAAAAAUCCCUUUCCUUCAGUACUCACUGAAUUCAGUGGAGAAACUAAUCUUAUUACAGUAAUUUAGACUGACAUGUGAAUGAUUUCCAGGCUUGACUCUCCCCAGGGAUAGUUAUUACUUUAAAAGAUGGUUUUGUUGGUUUAAAUGAAUCCCCAAUUGAUAGUCUAUGUUGAGGAGAUUAUAUAUAUAUAUAUAUAUAUAUAUAUAUAUAUAUA